UUCUCAUUAGUUUUAUAUCAGUUUCAGUAUACAGCCUUUGGUGACAGUAUCUGGGAAAAUCUCACCAUGGAGCAAACAACUGCUGGACAAACCUAUUUUGCCAACAUCAUUCAUCUGGCACCUGCCACCUCAUACAUAUUUAGAGUUCAGGUUAUAUACAAUAAUACUUACUACAGUUAUACAUGGCCUGAACAACCUCUCUUUAAUUUUUCCACAUUGGCUGAGAUUCCAGGUGAACCAGGACAAGUGAUGCGGCAGCAGGUGGGCAGGGUCUUGCCUGGCGGUGGCUUGAGGCUCUGGUGGAGUGAGGCAAAACCAAAUGGUGCUCCAGUUAUUGCAUAUACCCUGCAAGCUUCCCUCUAUAAUUCCAAUGACUUUGACAACAAUAUUACCUAUGCUACCAUAUAUAAUGGAUCGGAUAAUUAUUGGCUUAUCAAAGGAUUAGAAGCAGAAUCCAGUUACAUCUUUCGAGUCCGUGCCAUAAAUGAACUUGGAGCUGGCCCUUGGGGAGAAGUCAAUGUGAUUGACACAGUAGUUGGGGCAACCAUGCUGACACAGACUGAUCUCCCUACAAUUCUUUCAUCAACUAUACCAACAUCUCUGAUUUUUUUUGGAGUGUUUUUUACAAGUCUUAUAUAUGGUAAAUACAGUAUAGUGUACUGUUAUUAAUUUUUUUUUCACAAC